CUGCUUCAUUUAUUAAAUAAGAAAAUACCAUAACAACAAGAAAGGUACAAAGUAAAGGCAAUCCAAUGUUUUCUUUAAAAGAGAGUAGGCCUACUUCCUCCCUCUGGCUGCGCUAUCCUUCUCCACCACCACCGCCCCCACACGUUUUUUUAAACUAGUUGAGUCCAGGAGACUGUCACAUAUUAACUAAAGAAGACUGUACCAUUCCUUAUCUCGUGUAAGUUUUGCAAGAUGGCGACGACAAGUGCUGUCUGGCGUGAGGUCCGUGUCCUGCGGCAUUGUGUGAAUCUGCAGCAAACCAGAAGGCAAGUUGUAUUUCCAAAGCCCAGGAGGUUUUCAGAAAGCGGUGAGAAGGGAUGGUUCCGUUCUCUGUUUGUGCACAAAGUAGAAGCCAGGAAAGAUGCCCACUCAAACCUGCUGUCCAAGACGGAGACCAGCAGUCUGUUUAAGAUGCAGUUUCACAACGUGAAACCAGAGUGCUUGGAUGCUUACAACAAGCUAGAGGUCGAGGUACAGAAUAAACUUCACCAUGACCAGGACUAUCCGUGUGAGGUGGUAGGAAGCUGGAAUACGUGGUACGGAGAACAAGACCAAGCCGUACAUCUUUGGCGUUACCGGGGAGGCUACCCUGCGUUGACGGAAUGCUUGGACAAACUAAACAAUAACAAGGAGUACAAAGAGUUCCGUCAGGAACGGGCCAAAAUGUUGAUCUCAAGGCAGAAUCAGCUUCUCCUCGAGUUCAGCUUCUGGAACGAACCUCUGCCCCGCCCGGGGCCCAGCAUCUAUGAGAUGCGCAGCUACAGACUCAAGCCCGGCACCAUGAUUGAAUGGGGCAACCACUGGGCAAGGGCCAUCAAAUACAGGCAGGAGAAUAACGAGGCGGUGGGAGGGUUCUUCUCCCAGAUUGGAGACCUCUACGUGGUUCAUCAUUUGUGGGCGUACAAAGACCUGCAGUCCCGCGAGGAGACAAGGAACGCUGCGUGGCUGAAGGAAGGCUGGGAUUCCACGGUGUAUUAUACUGUGCCCCUGAUCAGAAGCAUGGAGUCCAGAAUAAUGAUACCCACUCAGAGUUCGCCUCUACAGUGAGCGGCUGACUGAAACAAAAUGGCUUUCGUUGGUACAGUUAGUAAAGUACAGCAAUGAGAAUACUGCAUGUGGUGGAAGAUAUAAUAUUGUACCCUACUAUUCCUCAAUCAAAGUCGAUAAGAUGGAAAAUAAAGGUACCAUGUUAAUAAGUUAAAAAGGGGCCUGUUCAACAAAUGGUUCACAUAUAAAUUGUAGGUUGAUCAUUCUUGUAGUGGUCACAUCACAUGUGUUUUUGCAAUGUUGACUGGCAGCUAGCACCACUUUUAUUUUAAUUAAAAAAACCGAAUUGUUCAAAU